AUGUCCAAGAAUUAUAGGAAGGGUCUUAAUAUAGAAUUACAUCCAGGUUUAAUUAAUCCAAGAUUAUUGAAACGUGGUAGAAACAAUAACCCAUAUUUAGAUAAUGCAGAAGGUAAUAGUAGGAAUAAGGAUAAGGAAAAGAAUGGUGUUGGCAGAAGACAGAGGAUAGGUACAUUUUACAAAAAAGGUGAUAUUAGUAAACCAUUAGAGUUCGAAAGAAGACAGUGGAAAGAGACUGUUUUGAAGAUUGAAAGAGGUGACUUACCUGACACGUUCCAUGAUGAAGACAAAUAUAUUUUGAAGGUUGAUGAUAUACCCACUGCUGAAUGGUGGGAUAGAAGAUACUAUUUACCUGAAAGAUUAUCGGAUAAUGAGGAGGAUGAAGAUGAAAGUGAGGAUGAAGAUAAGUUUUGUCCAUCAAUUAAAUAUGUUUUGCAUCCAGUACCACCUGAAUUACCAAAUAUAGAGAAUAAUAAUAAUAAUAAUAAUAAUAAUAAUAAUAAUAAUAAUGUACCUUUUCUUGGAAUGAGGCUAUACUUAACAUCAAAAGAAAGAAAACAAUUACGUAGAAAUAAAAGACGGUUACAGCAAGAAGAUAUGGAGAAAAAGAUCAAACUGGGAUUACUAUCUAGGCCGGCCAACAAGAUAAGAAUGUCUACUAUAAUGAAUCAACAAGGGAGAGGUGUUGAUCUACCGACGGGAUGGGAAAGGGAAGUUAAGAACGCAAUGAUUGCCCGUAAAAGAGAGCAUGAUAUAAUGAACCAACGACGCCAUGAAAUGGCUGUUAAAAACCGACAAAGUAAGAUGGAUGUUCAUGGACAAGGCGAAGGUGUUAUAUGGGUUAGAGUAUACCAUUUCAAACAGUUGAUCAAUCCAUCGAUUAGGUACAAAUUGUCUAUGAAUUCAAAACAGUUGGGGAUAAAAGGGUUAUGUUUACGUAAGGGGGAGGAUGGACCAGGUAUAAUAAUAAUAAUGAAUGAAAAAGAAAAGUCAAUAAGAUUUAUGAAUAGAUUAAUAAUGGACCGAUUACCAUGGAGAGAGAAUUUUAUGAUCAAAAGCUAUGGUGAAAAUGGAAAUGGAAAUGAAGGACAAAAAAUGAUCAAUAUGUCAAAUAAUGAGAUCAAAUUAGUUUGGACGGGACAAGUUAAUUUGGAGGAAUAUAAUAUGUUUCCUAAUCGAUGGUUUAUGAAGGUAUGUCAAAAUGAACAAGAAAUUAAAUCUAUAUUAGCUAAGUUUGAGGCAGAACAUUAUUAUAAGUAUAUAUGA